AAAUGUUCUAUUUAGCUUAAAUCCAUAUACAUAGGAACACUGAAAUAUUGCACUCAAAAAGUAUGUCCUUUUGGGACCAAAAUGAAAAGGCCACCUAAACGAAUUUACAACUAAAGUUCCAAUUGGAGUCAUGGGCAGUGAGUUGAAGUAUGAGAUUGGACAGAAGCCUUACAUGAAGCUUGUCCUACAUGCCCUAAAGCACAAGACAUCCUCUGUUAAUGGCAUUCUUGUUGGUUGUCUUGGCAAGAAUGAUGAAGUCAUUGAUAUUGUUGAUGCAGUCCCUCUUUCUCACUCUCAGAUUGGCCUCCUCCCAACUCUUGAAAUUGCACUAACUCAGAUAGAGGAGCAUUUUGGUGCACAAGGUUUAAGUAUUGUGGGUUAUUACCAUGCAAAUGAGAGAUAUGACAAUUUUGAACUUGGGACCGCUUCGAAGAAGAUUGGCGAUCAUAUAUGCCGUUACUUUGCACAGGCUGCAGUGCUUCUGUUGGAUAACCAAAAGCUUGAAACCCUGCCGAAGGGGAAAGAUCGGAACCCUGUCUUGCAGCUUUACAUCAGGGAUGCAUCAAAGAAUUGGAAGCAAGCUGGGUUGGAUGGAAGUAUUAGGUUAAGCAUCAAGGAACCGUCAGCCAAUGUAGUCCUGUUGGAUUAUAUUUCAUCUGAAAAAUGGCGAGACAUUGUUGAUUUUGAUGACCACCUUGAUGACAUUAGCAAUGAUUGGUUGAACCCGGAUCUCGUGAAGUAGAUAUUCCUGUGCCACCCCUUGUCGACAGCAGGCUAAAGCAUCACUCAUGGUUCUCUUGUGCCCGGAUUGGAAAAGAAUUAUUUUUGUUGGAUUUUAUCCCCAGCUUUAGAUAUGUCUUUUGCUCUAGCGGGUGAGUAGCCAAGGGAUAAUUUUGGCAAGA